AUGGAAGAUCGGAAUAAACUAAAUUUAAGAUUGUCAUCACUUUCACUACGGCGCAAUGGCUCAACAUCUUCCAAUAAUAAUGAUCAAGAUCCAAAAGAAUUAAUUAACAUCUUACCAUCGUAUCAGAUGUAUCGAUCAACCAUUAAGAAGAACUUAACUCCAACAACUGAAGACUUACGUACUGCCCCACCGAUGUAUGAAUUGACACCCCUUUCAUCUUGUAAUUCUUCAAUACAUGAAGAUUACUUUGGUUCAAUUGCUGACUCACUUGCUAAUUCCCAUGCUAAUUCGCUUGCCAAUUCACCUGUUUUAGCCCCGCAACAACCAGAUGAUGACAUUGACGCUGAUACAUUAUUGGAAAAUUCACAUAAAUUAAAACGUCUAAGUUCUACUAAUAAGGAAAUAUCACAAUCAUUAAGUAUAAAUGUCUAUCUUACUGAAUGUAUUGGGAAAAUAGGUGAACCUUAUAAGAUCAUCGAUCCUUUAUCAUUAGAACUAAAGCAAGGACAAUAUAUAUAUGGAUUUGUCAAGAUCACUAAUAAAACAACCAAAGACAUACCGUUUGAUCUGUUUUCUGUUCAAUUAGAAGGAACUUCAGUAUUUGGAAAACAUCAAAAGACUUUAACUGAGCCUCCCUAUCAUAUUGAUCGAUUCUUGACUAUGUUUGAUUUUCAUGCCAGUUGGAAUGAUGCCUUUUUGGACAGAUUGGUUACUGAUCAUAAUGACCCAUUCGGCUAUACAGUACUUAAAGAUCCCAUUGAUAAUACUGAAGUGCAAUUGAAUGUUCACAAAGUGUUUAAACCAAAUACUUCAUAUAAGAAAUUUUUUACUUUUAAAAUGCCAGAGAAGUUAUUGGAUAGUGCAUGUAAUCAUAGUUUGAUUCAACAUUUACAAUUGCCACCAACUCUAGGAGUAAGUAAACAUGAAGUCAUAACGUCAUUACGACAAAAGUGGAAAAGCAGACCAGCUCCUGAUUCAAAACAACAUCAACAUCAAGAACAUGAUGAAGGUCAUAAGUAUAAGUAUGCUUCUUUGACUCAAGAUUUUGCUAUUGCUGAUACUUCGAUAAGUUAUUGCGUAAGUGCCAGGAUUAUAGGAAGAGCUUCGGGAUAUAGCGAUCUAGUUGGUAGUACUAAUGCAUUAACUAAACAAAAUCCAGAUGAGUUUGUGGUUGCAAAUGAAGAUUAUACUUAUUUGAGAGUUAUACCUGUUACAAAACCCUUAUUUGAAUUAAAUCGAUCAAUGAUCCAUCAAGAGGCUAGAUUGUUAUAUACGAAUAUGUUACUUAAGAUUCAAGAGGCCAUUGAAUUAGGGAAAGAUAUUUUGCAAACCACUCCCCAGGAAGAACGAACGAAUUCUCCAUCACCACCUCCACCACAAUUACCUGACCUUCAACCUACUUCUAGUAACGUUGAAAUGGCAAAAAUGCAACAAUCAUAUUAUUCAAAAGUAAAUCAACGUGAAGAUCAAACUGGUUCUGCACUGAAGCGACCCCUGGAUUUAUAUGAAGUAUUUGCUCCAUUUAAGAAAAAAUCAGUAUUUGGGAAAACUUCCAAAUUAAUUGGAUUAAUUGCAAUUUCCACUCCGAGAAAGGAAUAUAAAAUAGACUAUAUCCCGCAUAUAAAGAAAUCUAACAAACCCAUAAACACCAAGAUUUCAAUUCCUAUAGAUAUAUCAUUCAUAUUUGCCGAAAGUCAAACCAGUAGUGCAUCAGCUUCAACUACAUUACCCGAUUUCAAAUCCGUUUCGGCCGAAGUCGUAGGCAUAACUAUUAAAUCCAAACGAAUUCCUAUCCCUUUGGUAAUCCAUUCAGAAAUGCUUUUUGAGAAUAAAAACACCAAUGGAGACAAUUUCGAUGUUUUGAUUAUACGAAAAUUUCAAAAAUUAUCCCUUGAAUUAGCAAAACUUCUUCGUGACCUUGGACAACUGAGACUAGGGGUAGAUAAACAAUUAAUCCGGGAUAUGAAAUGCUUAUCAAACCUUUCAUCAAAAUAUACAAAUUUAAAAUGUAAACAAAUCUCAAUUGAUGAUGGUAAUGGUACAGAUACUCAUAAGAAUCUUGCAUCUAUUGGCUGGAUUAAAGAAAAAGUUUCCCACGAUCAAAUAAAGUUUAGUAAGAAGAUCAAUGUGGAUCUUGAUUUAUCUGAUUUGAGUAUUAAGCCAGCUCCAAAUACAACUUUGGGUGAAUUUUGUUUGAUUCCAGAUUUUCAAACUUGUUUAAUGGCAAGAGUGUACUAUCUUAAUCUUGAUUUUAAAUUGAAUAAUAUGGAGAAGAUAGCACUCAAAGUUCCUUUGAUUAUUCAAAGGUCGUAA